AUGACUUUCUCUCUCCGCUUUCUGCGGAUGCCCCGCCCAACACAUUUCCUCGGUCUCUUCGACCUCCAAAAUGGCGCCGAGCUGAUCCUCAUGAGCGCCCUUCUCAACAAGGUCUCGGGACUAUAUGGCAUCCUCGCCAUCUUUACUGGCGCCGCCAUCUCCGGCCUCCAGCUCUCCAUGUACAUAUACUCAAUCCUCCUUGCGGUACUGCUCGUCAUCCUGACGCCAAAGCUGCAUCACCGCGACCCCCUGGCGGCACUCAGCUUCGCCUACCUCUACCUCUUCGACUCCCUGAUUAACGCGCUCUACACCGUCGUCUUCGGCAUCUCCUGGUUCCUUGUCCUCUCCGCCAAGCAUCCUCUCAGCUCCGCCGCCAAGACAAUCGAUGAGACCGCCGGCUUCACCUCGCCGGUCUACAAUGUCACCAAUGUUGAGAUCGUCCAGAAUGGCCAGGAGGCCGUCGCCGUCGGCAUGAAUGUUGACGGUGCCGCGCAACAGCCUUAUCUCGGUGCUGGGAUGCUGCAGCCUGAGAGCCCCACGUGCGUCCUUAUCAUCGCGAUCCUGUGGGUCGUGAGGGCGUAUUUCGUAGUGAUUGUGGCGGCGUUUGCCAGGAGCGUUGUGAUGGAGAGCGCCACGCCGGGAGAGGCGCCGUUCGAGGGAAGGAAUAAUGGUGAGGGGUGGAAGGGGCAGCUUGGGAGGGCGCUGGUCAAGGUUGGGAGGAGCUAUUGGGUCGGCAAGGACGGAUGGGUGCCGCUCGGCGGCAAGUUCAGGAGGAGCAGGGACGAGAGGAGGCCCAGUAUCGGUCAGGUUUAG